AUGGCAGAGUCUGAGACUCGUCGGUCCUCUCAGGAUCUUAGUGAUCAACCUACAGAGAUUGUUCAUCAGAAUGUAUCAUCCAAAGAGUUAAUCGAGGUUGGUUGGGAUGGCGAUAACGAUCCCAUGUGUCCGAGGAGCAUGUCGGUAAUGCGAAAAUGGGUUAUUGUUUCUAUCGCCUGCGUCGGUGCUCUUUGCGUAACAUGCGCCAGUUCAAUUUAUACAUCGACAUAUGAACAAAUGAACAAGGAGUUCGGCUGCUCUCAAAUCGUCGCCACCCUCGGUCUCUCAUCUUUCGUCCUAGGAAUCGCCCUUGGCCCCGUUGUAACCAGUCCUCUAAGCGAAAACUACGGUCGACGACCCAUCUACCUAGUAUCAUGGACCUUGUUCAUCAUCUGGACGAUCCCUUCAGCUGUCGCGCCCAACAUCCAGACCAUGGUCAUCUCACGCUUCUUUGCAGGAUUUGCUGGAAGUUCUUUUCUCACUGUUGCAGGCGGCACAGCAGGAGAUCUCUUCGUGAGGGACGAGAUCCAGAAACCUAUGAGUAUGGUCUCUCUCGUGCCCUUUAUCGGACCAUCUCUUGGACCAUUGCUUGGAGGCUUUAUCAACUAUAAUGUCUACUGGCGCUGGACGUAUUACGUUAUGCUUAUCUGGGCGGCUGUACUCAUGGUUACCAUUGUUUUCUUUGCGCCUGAGACUUAUCAUCCUAUUCUACUACGUGAGAAAGCAAGAAAACUUCGCAAAGAAACUGGCAACGACGCCUACCGCGCUCCAAUGGAAGACACUAUCAAACCCUUCCUCGAAACCCUCAAGAUCGCCAUCCUACGACCAUUCCAGAUAAUAUUCCUUGAGCCCAUGUGUCUCUGUCUCGAUUUGUACUCAGCCCUUGUCCUCGGCAUUCUCUACCUCUUCUUCGGCGCCAUCCCUCUCGUCUUUCGCACCAAUCAUGGCAUGAACCUCUGGCAGAUCGGCCUGACUUUCUUGGGUAUUCUCUGUGGACUCCUCAUUGCGUCAGCUACAACACCAAUCUGGUCUAAACUUCGAACUAAAUUAUUGGAAAAACGGGAGAAGGAGACGGGUAUUGCUAUCAGCGAGCCAGAGGAUUUACUGCUUCCAACUAUCCUUGGCGCUGUGCUUAUCCCCAUCGGUCUGUUUUGGUUUGGUUGGACAACGUAUGCCAGCGUUCAUUGGAUUGUGCCCAUUAUUGGUUCUGGCGUGUUUGGAUGCGGCCUACUCCUUGCUUACACCGGCAUCUUUACGUUCUUAGUAGACGCCUAUCCCAAAUACGCGGCGUCCGCAAUGGCAGGCAACAGUUUUGUCCGCUGCUCAUUCGCUGCGGCAUUUCCUCUUUUUGGUAUCCAGAUGUAUGAGAAGCUUGGUUUCCAGUGGGCAUCUAGUCUACUUGCGUUUUUGAUGGUCGCCAUGGCGCCGUUCCCUUGGCUUUUCUUCAAAUAUGGAAAACGGCUGAGAGCCAAAAGCAGAUUUGCUAUGUAUGCAUAG